ACUGAUCACGUGGUGCAUUGUACAUGUAUUAAUAGGAUUUGGUUAAUGCUUUGGAGAACGACCAACCCAGCUCUGUACAUGGGUUCUGACCUGCGUCUGAAACCUUGAAGAAUCCUUUAAACUAAACCAGAAGGAACUUGAAGAUACUCGAAGAUGAUAAGCACUUUGAUUCUUGUAGCAAUUGCGCUAUUUCCUGUACUUGUUAACACACAGCAGGAAUUUCCGGGCUUGGGCAUUGUGGAAGAAAUCAAUCCGGAAGUAAAACAGAUUUUUCAAACAGCUAAUUUGAACUGCACAGUGGUAAAAAAUUUUCCAACCUCUAGGGUACAAUGGAGAAAAGUGCCAACAAGGAUUCCAAUUCAUCCAUCUAUGUCUAUAAUCAGUGAUGAAGAAGUUGUCAUUUGGGAUGAGUAUAAAUACGCUGUAAAGAUACGCAAUGUUGGAGACAAAAGCACGUACACGCUGGAGAUCAAAUACCUCGAAAAGGCGGAUGCUGGCGAAUACAUGUGCGUUUUAGAAAUCGUUGAAAUGAGAAAUUUCGAACAGUACUACCCUAGAAAGACUGGUAAUUUGACAGUGCAGUCGGUUCCUGUAACAAUUGACCCUGAACCUACCUGCAAACCAAUAAACCCAGUAGUAGAUCAAUUUACAUACAGAGGACUGAGCGCAAAACUUCAAUGUAUUAUUACAGGAAAUCCGCCACCAGCAAUAAAGUGGAUGAAAGAGUCCGAAAAUGGAGAUCUGAUUGAAAUCCUGGACGAUGAUCAAUAUGACAUCACUGAAAAGGACAUCAACGUCAAAGAAUUCAUUUUGUCCACGCUUCUGGUCAAGAAAGUAGAAUUCGUGGGAUUCGAUAACUAUGUUUGUAGAGGUGAUAACAGUCAUGGCAGAGCCGAAGCUUCUAUCCGAUUAAACAAGCUUCUGAAACCGGGGAUUGUAGGUUUCACUGAAGUAUCGGCGCUACCUGAAAUUGUUGGUGACAUUUUACCUGAUAUAAAGAAAGAAGGAGAGACAGCGUAUUUAAACUGCACAGUGGCCAACAAGGGUUAUGAUACAGUCGUCAUGUGGGCAAGACACGGGAGAAGCUAUGAUGAAAGCGAUUAUUUGAUUAAUUUAAGUGAAGACGCCAACAUAAUUAAUGACGAUCCACACCUGAGUGUACAAGUAAAUACCAAUGGAUCCAGAUUUACAUUCAUGUUGGUGAUUCGAGACCUGACUGUAGUUGACAUGGGCAUUUAUAGUUGUACUGUGAAAAAGUAUGGAGUCGACAACUCUGCUUGGCCUGAAAAAUCCACUUUUCUCUCUGUGAAAACUCCUCCAGAGAUACAAGUGAAUCAGAUGCCUUCUGUUCAAAAUGUUGACUUGGGAUCUUCACUCAAUAUAACAUGCGAGGCCAGUGGAUUCCCGCAUCCAAACAUCACGUGGGAAUAUGCAUCUGGGUACAAACACAGGGGAACACAGUUAACUCUGACUAAUAUACAAAAAAAUGACAGGGGAAUAUAUACCUGUGUCGCUGACAACGGCAUCAGUCCGUCGGCAAGACAUGAAGUGGACAUUAAUGUUUAUUUUCCACCCUCCUGUACACCAUUGCAUUCUGUUGUCGGUCAAGCACAAAACAGAAGGUUUAAUGCUAAAAUGGUGUGUGUAGUUGAAGGUUACCCCGAACCAAGUGUGAAAUGGAUAAUGGAAACAGAGCACGGCAGACUUGAAAUUGAAGAAUAUGAUAAAUACGAAAUCACCAAACAAUAUGGUAUUCAGUUGGAGAGAAAUACUUUUUGGUCAGUUCUUAAAGUUAAGUAUGUUCAGGCCAACGAUUACGGAGACUAUAUUUGCGUAGCAGAUAACGUUUACGGGAUUGGAUCUGCAAAUAUCACAUUAAUUGAAACAUUGGACUGUCAAGGGACUGGAUGCCCGAGUCUGCCGUGAUCCGAUGGGACACAACUCCUUACUAUUCUUGCUAUUGAAUACGUUUUAUCUUUGAAAGGAAUAAACUAUACUAAUAUUUAGCGUUAAGGUCAAGAUCUAGUCAUGAAACUUUAAGGUGCCUACAAUUUAAUGAAGUAUAUAAAUUAUUUCAACAAUAGCUUUGUUUGAUAGUGCGUUAAGUUUUGGUAAACGCCAAAAAUUAUGUUUUUAAUGAUUUUAAAUAAAAUAUAUAGAAUAAAUAAUAGUUUUAAAUAAUUUGACCAAUGAAAUAAAUAUACAUGUACAAUGCCUACAGAGUCUCCAAAUCGGCAUUAACAAUUUCCUGGCCACGUCUUUGAAAUGAUGUCAAAUUAAAUAUAGGUUCGGGAUUUCUUUUUCCGUUUUUAAAUUAAAUAUAGAAUGUCAAGAAAAUGUUUCAUUCUUUUACGUGAUUUCUUUAAAGCCGUUAAGUACGAAAAGUAAUGACGUCAUAAGAGUUAUAGGAAAAAAAAAUUGUCAAAACAUGCAACUCAGUCCACAACUCAUAUUCUUAAAUGAAAAGUGCAUGAAUUUGAGGUAAAAACUCAGACUUAAGACUGAGUGGCGACCUGAGGAAAGUUGGUGACGGUGGGGUUUGGAAUCAUUUACUAGAUCUUGACCUUAGCAUAAAAACUAUACCUAUGCUUAUCUUUUCAAAUAAACGGAAUGCAUUCAAUACCCCGCUUCUAGUUGUUAUCAGAAUAGUAUAGUCACUCGUAUUCACAAUUAAACACUGCGCCGGAUAAUCAUGUCGGUACCAAGUGAAGUUUGACCUAGCAUAGGCUCGGUGAAUAUUGUACUUCUCGGGUAGCUAAAUCAUUGCAAUGAUCGAAUAAACAGCAAUGAUUUUUUUAUUAUAUGAUUCAGCAACGAACUGAUACAGACAUAUCAUAGUGAGUGUUAUCU